AGAGAAGGAGCCAUGUCAGAAGAAACUGUUACUGAGACACAAUUUUCUCUGAAGACGAUAGCUUUGCGGGUGUUUCAUCUUCCCCUUUCUUGGUAUUAUUCUCUUAACCAGAUAAAGCUUUCCCCGGGGUUAAAGAAGCUUUUCACGGUAACAGCAGUGAGUGCGGUAUCUGUUAUUUUUCUGGCCCAUCAUUUUAAAAGGAGACGUGGAAAGAAAAAUAAGAAAGUGCCACCAUGGGAACCAAGUCAUCUAGUAUUAGAGUGUAUGAAAGCAGCUGCGUCAGAAAAAGGUUCUAGUUGUUCCAGUAGUCGGCAAAACUUGACUCUUUCUCUGAGCUCCGCCAAGGAAAAAGGAUCUCAGUCUUGUAUCUAUGCAAAUGGAGGACUUUUCAGUAAAUACUCCGGUUCAGUUCAGAGUCUGGCCUCGGUUCAGAGUGCCACCUCUUGUCACAGUUGUGCUUGUGCCAAUUCUAAUUCCUGGGAUAAAGCAGAUGAAGAUGAUAUUAAGCUUGUGAAUAUUCCAGUGACCACACCUGAAAAUUUAUAUUUGAUGGGUAUGGAGCUUUUUGAAGAAGCACUGCGUCGAUGGGAGCAGGCACUAACUUUCCGUAACAGGCAAGUUGAAGAUGAAGCAGGUUGUGGUUCCAUUAAGCUGGGAGCAGGAGAUGCAAUUGCAGAAGAAAGUGUAGAAGAUAUCAUUAGUGCUGAAUUCAUUCAUAAGCUUGAAUCCCUUCUUCAAAGAGCUUAUCGUCUUCAGGAGGAGUUUGAGGCUACCCUUGGGGCCUCUGAUCCUGCUUCUCUAGCUAAUGAUAUUGAUAAAAAUACAGACAGUACUGUAAAGGAUAAUAUGGAUGAUUUCUGCCUUCGAGAUACGUUAAGCAUUGCAUCAACGGACUCCUUCGUUUCCACAGCUGAG